CAGUUUUCAUUUACUGCUGGAAGGCGAUAGAAUUGAAAUUUUCGCUUUCUAUUCAAAUUUCUGUUAUUUCGAGGCCAUUUUAAUCCGGGUCGAACUGUUUCCGGAAAUAAAUUACUUGUGAAUUUAAGUUCAAUAUCUAAGCCAUCGAUUGAAAUGGCCUGCUGCAGUAGUAAAAAUAUAUUCAGUCAAAAAUCCACAUACCAUUCGGACUACAUGCCAUUCGAUAAGCGGAUAAGCGACGAGGCUUGCCGAGACUCAAGCGAUCCACCACCGCCAAAGCCCAAGCGAAAUUGUGUACCAGACGAUUGCUUCGAUCGAUGUAAGCUCAGCCCAGAAGGGAAAGAAGCACGUCGACAGCUUUUCGCAAGCAAAUAUCCUGUUUCGGAAUAUAUGGAUAAUGUGAACCGCAUCGGUCACGUUAUCAUGAACACCAAUUUUCACUGCCAUCAAAAAUGCAGACGUAGGGAAUGUGAGCAUCCAUUUGUUGUGGAUUUGAACGCAGAUAUCUUCCGUAAGCCGAAAUGCGAAUACAUAAAUACUGUGUGCGGUGGAUUAAAGAGCAAAUUCAAACCCAAAAAAGACUACUACUACAAAGAGGGCGAGCAGUCAGUUUGGAGUCAGCCAAGUGGAAAACUGUGUACAAAGUCAAAUGCAAAGUAAAAUUAAAAAUUUCCAGCGUGUAAUUCAAAUUUUAAGUCUGCUUUCAGUUUAAGGAAGAUGAAAAAAAGUAUGAAACAAAUUUAUGUAAAAUUAUCUCCGAUAAAAUUAAUUGCAAUAAAUUGAAAAGUGUUUAAUCCUUACUUGAAGUUUGAAAUCUUCAACACUUACUG